ACAUUUUAUGGGUCAUAAAUGCAUGCAAAUUUAUUGUUACCGCUAACUAUUAAAAUCUGAACAAUUCAAUUCAAAGUCACAAAAGCAAGCAUUUUUUCGCCGUUAAGUUUAGUUAAAAUGAAAGCGACUUUAGUACUUCUCGGAUUUGCGCUAAUCGUGUACUCGUCUGAAGGUUUUCGGUGUAUAAGAUGCUAUGGUUUUUGCCCUCAACAAACCACUUACGACGAAUGCACUGAGUAUUGCUACAUUCUGAAAUUUCGAAAUGGAGUGGUAUAUAAAGGCUGUGCCCCUUUCGAAACAAAUCAUAUCAUAACCUUUACCCAGUUUGAUGAAUUAGUGAGGAAAUAUGGGGGUUACGAAUCGAUUAAGUAUUGCAGAACAGACGGUUGUAACACAGGAUAAAAAUUUAUUUUUAUAAUAAAACAAUAAAGUAAUCAAGUACAAACUUAACGUCACAAACUGAGUACAAAUUGAAAAACCUGAAAUAAAAUAGCGACUUUUCAGUGAUAACAUCCCUGAAUUUAACAGUUGCCAACCCUGUGGUGUUUUCAAUAAAAAAAAAAACAUGAAAAGAAGUUGAUUUUUUUCACGAUGCGGUUCUGAAACACUCACUGAGCCUAACUGAAAGUUAAAAGUGUAUUUUAUAUUAGUUAACAGUUGUAAUUUUUCGUAUUU